ACGAGAUUAUGAAAACCGAUUUAGUAAAUGUAAUGAAAGUAACGGAAUAAAUAAGUUAUUGUUAUUAUAGAAAAAUAUUUUUCAGUGUUUAUUAAAAACUAAAAGUGAUAUCUACAUAUUAUAGAAUUAUAAACAUAUAUUAUACAAAAUGGGAUUGAUGACAGUUCUAAAGAAGAUGAAACAAAAGGAAAAAGAAAUGAGGAUCUUAAUUUUAGGUUUGGAUAAUGCUGGAAAAACAACAAUAUUGAAAAAGUAUAACGGAGAACCAACUAAUACAAUUGAACCGACCUUGGGUUUUAACAUAAAAACAUUAGAUCAUAAAAAUUAUAAACUUAAUGUAUGGGAUGUUGGUGGUCAGAAGUCAUUGAGAUCAUAUUGGCGUAACUAUUUUGAAAGUACUGAUGGUCUUAUAUGGGUUGUUGACAGUGCAGAUAAAAGAAGACUGGGUGAUUGUACAACUGAAUUACAUAGUUUAAUUGAAGAAGAGAGAUUAGCCGGAGCUACAUUGUUAAUAUUUGCUAAUAAACAAGAUUUACCGGGUGCUUUAUCAUCAGAAGAAAUAAAAGAGGUUUUACAGUUAGAGCGUAUUAAAACUCAUCAUUGGAAAAUAAUACAUUGUAGUGCAUAUACAGGAGAAAACCUACUGGAAGGAAUUAACUGGAUGGUUAGUGAUAUUUCAGCUAGGAUAUUUACCCUUGAGUAAAAACUAUUAAUAAAUAAUUCUACAAUGAUAUUACAAAAUACU